CCCUUCGUGGGUCGUUCAAACGGAGUUUGCUGCUACUGCUGAGCUCGGAGCCCCGGCGAGGUGAUCGAUGAUCAUGCGCCAGUAGAAUCCCGCCGCUCUGGGUUGCGUAAGGUUUCGCUGCCAUGGGGUUGUACCAGAUCGUGGAAGCCUUCCUGUUGAUGACCAAUGCUGUCGCUAUUCUCAACGAGGACCGCUUCCUGGCUCCAUAUGGCUUAGGUAUGGCCGAUAUGGGAAAUGGUAGGGUAUCACCAUUCAAGAGUCAGUUGAUUGGGUUGAUACACGCUGUGCAGUAUUUACGAGUUCCGCUGAUUGUUGCCAAUAGUAUUGUUAUCGUGAGCAAGUUGCUCUUUGGAUGAUGCAUGUCCUCGUUCGUGCGCUUCCGAGUGGAAGCCGCUGGUUGUCUUACAUCGAGCGCUACAGUUAGUUGCCGCAUGCAAUAUUGCGGCUCUGUCAUCUCUGAGUGGAGCAGGAGCUUGUUUUGGCAGCUGCGAUGAAUUCUGGCACGAACAUAAUUGCAAUGUACAGUGUACCAUGUUAACGCACUAAAUCGAUCUCGUAGUCCGUGGCAUCCUAGUUCAUGUUUCUAGAACUUCACAAUAGGAAUAUUAGGGUUUCGAAGAAGUCUGCAGAACUGGUUCGGAUAUUGGUUUGUAUAUUUGGGCAUGUUAAGCCGCUCUUAAAUCAUUAACAGAUGCUGUGCACGUUGAGCCUGUAUCUUUUGAAAUGUUUCGUGAAAAGAAUGUAAUGCCAGUAAAGUCGCCUCCGCAUUCUUCAUGCCAAGGCUUGGCCACCAGGCAGAGGUUUUCAAGCAGGCUGACAACGCUUAGUGCUCAGGCCUGUCAGUGGCGCCCUGACUGAACACUCGAUGAAGAUCUCGAGCAAGUUAACUAUUGUCAAGGAGACUAUUGUGUUCCCUGCGUUUAACGCUGGGCAAAUUCAACGCCCUGCUACUAAAGGAGGAAGCCCGCAACAAGUGGUACUACUCAAAUGGAUCUACCCCAGGAUUGGCAAGGAUCUUGUUUGGAUUUAAUUUCACCCAGCUUUUGUACGAUGUUGGGUCCUGGUGAAGUUAAUCUGCAGUUAAUAAGGCAACAGAUUAAAACAAAGUCUUAGUAUGCUUUUCUUAGAUUGCAAGAAUGAUGAAGGCUUUGCAGCUCUGGCCAUAUGAUCAGUUGUUAAGGUUCACGGCACCUCCCUUCUCCGAAUCCUUCAGAGGAACUCUCUUACUUGUAUUGAGAAGCUCCCUGUUGAAUAAUUAAUUGCCAUUAAAUCACCA